CAUUGUACUAUACCGCAAAUAGUUUCAUUAGCUUUUCGCGGCUCUUAAUCCACGACACGAUGGUUCAGUUCCCAGUACUUCUGAUAACAUUAUCUUUGGCGUUUGAAGUUCAUUCUAGUUAUGCUGAAAAUCGCCGUCUACAAUUAGUACGAGAUAUCGAUGGGACACAGCAACUAGUGAACCCGAACCCGUACCGGGUAUUGAACGCCCACUUGGAACGGUCAUUCAACGCUCAAUCCGAUAUUAUCUUCAGAUUGUACACCAGAAAGAAUCCUGAGAAGCAUCAAAUCUUGAAACCAAACGAUACGAGCUCGAUUUUGAAUUCGAACUUCAAUGCCGAUCUUCCAACAAGGUUCCUAAUUCACGGCUGGAAUCAAAACGGAGAGUCAGACAUUCUAAUCGAAUUACGGCGAAGUUAUCUAUCGGUAGAAGAUUUCAACGUCAUCGGUGUCGAUUGGGGUGAAGGAGCACUUACAAUCAACUACGUCAUGGCACGCAAGCGAGUUGAAUCUGUGGGACUGGUGACAUCACAGCUGAUCGACACCCUCGUAGAUGCCUCUGGAGUCAUUCUGGACAGCAUCUACGUUAUUGGGCAUAGUUUGGGUGCUCACGUGGCCGGAAUUGUGGGAAAACAUCAACGUGGCCAGCUCAAUACCAUCGUUGGACUAGAUCCAGCUGGUCCUUUGUUCUCAUUAAACAGUUCGGAUAUCCUGAACCAAAAUCAUGCUCAGUACGUGGAAAUGGUUUCCACAGGUGCUCGAUUGUUGGGAACCUACGAGCCGUUGGGUGACGCCAAUUUCUAUCCUAACGGUGGACUUGAACAGGCUGGAUGCGGUUUGGAUCUUUUUGGCAUAUGUGCACAUGCUCGGUCGUGGAUCUAUUUCGCCGAAACGGUAACAAAUGGUAAAGGAUUCCGAGGAAUCAAGUGCGCCAUGAUCGAAGAUUUAGAGGGAGAGACAUGCAAUUUAAGUGGGCUUCCAAAUGUUUGGAUGGGUGGCGAACCAUCAAAUCACGAACGAGGAGUUAAGGGCAUUUUUAUGGUUCACACCAACUCAGAAGCACCCUUCGCGAAGGACUGACAGCAUUAUUUGCCGAUAAUAAAUUGUUGUCACAUGAAA